AUGGCCUCCAUCUCCUACGAAGGGCUGCUGCGCGGCGCAACCAAGGACCUUCAAACUCUGACUGAAGCUGCCCUUGUCCAUGGCUACUUCAACCUCGAGCUCGACUGCCCGGAGGGAAGACAGUUGCGCGAGGAUGUCCUGUUCCUGGAGUCCUUCACGAAGGAGAUCUUCGACACCCCGGCGCCCCAAAAGACUAUCUACGACUUCAAGAAGCUGGGUCGAUUCCGGACCACGGGCUUCAAGCCCCUAGGCAUCGAAGAAGGCGCAAAGGGCAAAUCCGAUGGGUUCGAGAUGUUCAUGCUCCCCCACAACGAACUGCUCCUGCCCUCCCACCAAGCCAGCCUCCGAUCCCCCUCCGCAGUCUUCACCCACCGCGCAGCCCUCACCCGAUGCAUGGGAAACUACGAAGCCGCAUCGCAGCUCAUCCUGCGCCGGAUCACCGAGUCCCUCACCCUCGACGAAGCCCUCCUAACCGCCCAUAACCCGGCCGAGCCGUCCGUCACAAACCUCGGCUUCCUGCGCUACCCGCCCCAGCCCACGACAUCGGAGAACUGCGGCCACAUCGCGCACACGGACGUGGGCACCCUGACGAUUCUCGCGGCCACCCAGCGCGGCCUCCAAGUGAUCAACAGCCAGACGGAGGACUGGACGUUCGUGGACCCGCACCCGGCCAACGAGUCCCUCCUCGUGCAAUUCGGCGAUUGCCUGAAGUUUCUUUCUGGAGGGCGUGUCGUCCCCUCCAUUCAUCGGGUUAUACCGAGUGAUCGGCCUGAGGAGCGCGAGGGCACGAAGUACACGCUUGCGUACUUUGUGCGCCCGAAUGAGGAGGCUGUGAUAAGGGAUGAUGGAGGCCGGGAGUGGGUUUAUGGCGAUUAUCACUGUAGGAAGUUUGGGGCGUUUGCGAGGCCGUUGGAGAGGGAUGGGGAGGGGGGGAGGGAUCGUAUGCCGGAGAGGCCGGUCGGGGAGUAUGAUAUGAUCAAUAUUCGGAAGGUGAAGGGGGUCGUUGAGGGGGUUGGGGCUGCUUGA